UGCCGCGCUCGGUGCACUUGGGCGAGAGCUGUAGCCGAGAGAGGAGCUUAGAGUCUAGCGCAGCCACCGCGAUGAGAGGCGCUCGCGGCGCCUGGGAUCUGCUCUGCGUCCUGUUUGUCCUGCUCCGGGGCCAGACAGGGACUUCCCAGCCAUCUGUGAGUCCAGGGGAGCCGUCUCCACCAUCCAUCCAGCCAGCACAACCAGAGUUAAUCGUCGAAGCUGGCGACACAAUCAGGCUGAUGUGUGUUGAUCCCGCCUUCGUCAAAUGGACUUUCGAGACCAUCAAACAAAUGAGUGAGAGUCAGCACCAUGAAUGGGUUCAGGAAAAAGCCGAGGCCACUCACACGGGCAAAUACACGUGUAUCAACAGCGCUGGACUCCGAAGCUCUGUUUACGUGUUUGUUAGAGAUCCUGCCGUUCUUUUCCUGGUCGACCCGCCCUUGUACGGUAAAGAAGACAAUGACGCGCUGGUCCGCUGCCCUCUGACAGACCCGCAGGUGUCCAACUAUUCCCUCAGGGAGUGUGACGGGAAACCUCUCCCCAAGGACCUGACAUUCGCCCCCAACCCCAAGGCUGGCAUCACCAUCAAAAACGUGAAGCGGGCCUACCACCGCCUCUGCCUCCGCUGUGCUGCCCAGAGAGAAGGCCGAUGGGUGAUGUCAGACAGAUUCAUCCUGAAAGUGAGGGCAGCCAUCAAAGCUAUUCCAGCUGUGUCUGUGUCCGAAACAAGUCAUCUCCUUAGGGAAGGGGACAAAUUUACAGUGACAUGCACCAUCAAAGAUGUGUCUAGUUCCGUGGGCUCAAUGUGGAUGAAGGGGAACACUCAGACCAAAGCCCAGGUGAAGCGCGGUAGCUGGCACCAGGGGGACUUCGAUUACGAACGCCAGGAGAUGCUGACUAUCAGCUCCGUAACAGUUAAUGAUUCUGGAGUGUUCAUGUGUUAUGCCAAUAAUACUUUUGGAUCAGCAAAUGUCACAACAACCUUGAAAGUAGUAGAUAAAGGAUUCAUUAACAUCUUCCCCGUGAAGAAUACUACAGUGUUUGUAAAUGAGGGAGAAAAUGUAGAUUUGGUUGUUGAAUAUGAGGCCUACCCCAAACCUGAACACCAGCAGUGGAUAUACAUGAACACGACCUCCGCUAACAAGGGGGAAGAUUAUCUCAAGUCGGAUAACAAAAGUAACAUCAGAUAUGUGAGCGAACUUCAUCUGACCAGAUUAAAAGGCACAGAAGGAGGCACCUACACCUUCCUGGUGUCCAACUCUGAUGUCAGCGCUUCCGUGACAUUUAAUGUUUAUGUGCACACAAAACCAGAGAUCCUGACGUCUGACAGGCUCAAGAAUGGCAUGCUCCAGUGUGUGGCAGCGGGAUUCCCGGAGCCCACAAUAGAUUGGUAUUUUUGUACGGGAGCAGAGCAAAGGUGUGCCGUUCCCGUCCCACCAGUGGAUGUGCAGAUCCAGAACGGAUCUGUGUCACCAUUUGGAAAACUGGUGGUUCAGAGUUCCAUAGACUCCAGUGUCUUCCGGCACAAUGGCACAGUGGAAUGUAAGGCCUACAACGACGUGGGCAAGAGUUCCGCCUUCUUUAACUUUGCAUUUAAAGGUAACAACAAAGAGCAAAUCCAGGCCCACACCCUGUUCACACCACUGCUCAUUGGUUUUGUGAUCACAGCUGGCCUGAUGGGCAUUAUUGUGAUGGUUCUCGCCUACAAAUAUUUACAGAAACCCAUGUAUGAAGUACAAUGGAAGGUUGUCGAGGAGAUAAAUGGAAACAAUUAUGUUUACAUAGACCCGACACAACUUCCUUAUGAUCACAAAUGGGAGUUUCCCAGAAACAGGCUGAGUUUUGGGAAGACGUUGGGUGCUGGUGCCUUCGGGAAGGUGGUUGAGGCCACUGCAUAUGGCUUGAUUAAGUCAGAUGCUGCCAUGACGGUCGCCGUGAAGAUGCUCAAGCCAAGUGCCCACUUAACAGAAAGAGAGGCCCUCAUGUCAGAGCUGAAGGUCCUAAGCUACCUGGGCAAUCACAUGAAUAUUGUGAAUCUCCUUGGAGCGUGCACCGUGGGAGGGCCCACCCUGGUCAUUACAGAAUAUUGUUGCUAUGGUGAUCUUCUGAAUUUUUUGAGAAGAAAACGUGAUUCAUUUAUUUUCUCAAAGCAAGAAGAUCAGGCAGAGGCGGCACUUUAUAAGAACCUUCUGCAUUCAAAGGAGACUUCCUGCAGUGACAGUACCAAUGAGUACAUGGACAUGAAGCCCGGAGUUUCCUACGUUGUACCAACCAAGACAGACAAAAGGAGAUCCGCAAGAGUAGACUCGUAUAUAGAAAGAGACGUGACUCCCGCCAUCAUGGAAGAUGAUGAGCUGGCUCUGGACCUGGAUGAUUUGCUGAGCUUCUCCUACCAGGUGGCCAAGGGCAUGGCAUUCCUAGCCUCCAAGAAUUGUAUUCACAGAGACUUGGCGGCCAGGAAUAUUCUCCUCACUCACGGUCGGAUCACAAAGAUUUGUGAUUUUGGUCUAGCCAGAGACAUCAGGAAUGAUUCGAAUUAUGUGGUUAAAGGAAAUGCCCGAUUGCCCGUCAAGUGGAUGGCACCGGAAAGCAUUUUCAACUGCGUGUACACAUUUGAAAGUGAUGUCUGGUCCUAUGGGAUUUUCCUGUGGGAGCUGUUUUCUUUAGGAAGCAGCCCCUACCCAGGGAUGCCGGUCGAUUCCAAGUUUUACAAGAUGAUCAAGGAAGGCUUUCGGAUGCUGAGUCCAGAGCAUGCACCUGCAGAAAUGUAUGACGUAAUGAAGACGUGCUGGGAUGCUGAUCCCCUGAAAAGGCCAACGUUCAAGCAGGUCGUGCAGCUCAUUGAGAAGCAGAUCUCAGAGAGCACCAAGCAUAUUUACUCCAACUUAGCCAACUGCAACCCCAACCCGGAGAACCCCGUGGUGGCGGACCAUUCCGUGAGGGUCAACUCUGUCGGCAGCAGCGCUUCCUCCACCCAGCCUCUGCUCGUGCACGAAGACGCCUGAGCGGCAGUCAGAGCCAUUCUGUUGGCUUCCGUGAUGGUUGCUUUGUUUUUCCUUUGACUUGUGUCCCACUUCAGGGUAGCCGGUCCCCCGACCCCAACCCCACUGUGAUCCUGUCUUUUAUGAGCACACUUUAGUGGCUGAUCGACCUUGCUUUUCUGCCGUCAGCCGCCACCGCCCCGCUGCGAAGGUCCGAACUGUAUGUAUAUAUUUUUCCCAAUAGCAAAGUAGCUCCUACUGUAAACAGGACUCCUGCUUUGGAGGAGGGAGGGUGGGGUGAAGGUAGGUGCCCAGAGUUCUUUGCAAUGCUCCUCUGAGUCUGUCUGAAAAGUAUGGCCAGUAGUUCAUCCGCAGAAUAGAAGUAGUCCCGUUUGGCCUAGAGAAGCCCCUCCAAGAUGAUGGGGAAAUUGUAGCAAGACUAGAAAGCGAAACCCAGGCCCUUUGUGUGGAAAGUAGACCAUUAUUAGAACAGAGGACACGUGGAAACAUCUGGGCUUAAGAAAUCUAGUAGUUCAUGCUGAGAAGGAGACCUAGGCUGUGAAAGAAAGUGCCCCGGAAGCGCGAACAAAGAUGCUUUGCUGUGGGCUGCCGAACAGGCUUUUGUACAACUGACCUGGUUUUUAAAUGGAGUUCGCUGUUAGGGAGUAGAAUUGGAGACAAGGCCUCCCUAGCCGGCAUUUGUAUAUACUCAUCGAUACGUUGUAUGUGUUCAUACAUUGGAGGGGGGGACCCCACAAGCUUUAGUUUCUGUGUACAACCUUGGCAUUAGGUCUGCUGUGUGUAAGAAUAGAUUAAGAGCCAUACAAAUUUGAAGGAAACAGUUAAUGCAUUUUUUUUAAGGGAAAAAUGUUAACUGCUAAGCACAAUCUUUAUAAAGCCCCUUAGCCAAUGUACUUGCUCUGUAGAUUGCCGAGAACAAGCCUCCCAGCUUGAGAGUUGCAUUGCAGCCCAGGGAACUCAUGCGGUUUGGAAAAGGGUGCCAUUGUACCCUGUGAUUCCCACAGGAGUGAGAAAACAGUGCGGUCCUGGUUUGGAUUCUCACGUAGCAGGAAGUGAAAGUUAGAUUCAGCCUUUUUUAUAGGCACAUCCUGGACAUCGGGCCAGUAUCUAAGUGUGUGUGUGUGUGUGUGUGUGUGUGUGUGUGUGUGUGUGUGUGUAUGCGUGUGGGUCAGAUAUUUUGGGGACCUUGUUGCCCUGAAUCUUUGAGAUCCUCCAGUACCCAAGGAAUAACAGCUUUCUCCACCACUGUUUCCCUGCACAUCGUUCCCUGUCCAGAAGAGUUUACCCAAAGCCACCACAGAAGCUUAGCAGAGUGGAGUGCUUAAGGACCUAUUUAUUUGUAAUCCACCUGCACUUAGGACACUCUUAUCUAUAUUCAGCAUACUGUACCCAUUCCUUACACCUUACAUAGUGCAGCCAUUCCAGGAAAACGUAGACUGGAAGCCUGGAUCUUACCUUGAGGUUCUCAUCCCCCUACCCUUCAUCACUGUCCAAUAUAAGUGACAAGUGUGUACAUGGCAAGAUGUCCGUGUUGUCUUGCAGGAUUCAGGUAUGUCGCCUUCACGGUUUCCCCCAGUUCUUUCCUCCUUAGAGUACAUUGAGAGACGUGCGUCCGUUACCCUGGAAGUGACCAUUGGCACUGGAGUUCUACACUCUAGCACCUUUCCAAAGUGAACUGGUCUGGAGGUUGGGUCGUCCGUCACGUACGAGGUUGUCACUGUUUGCCCUACAAUGUCUGCAACAUUCCUUUGCAUUCCUAUUGACUUCGAUUAUAGUAAGGAAAGUAGCUGUUCAUUAUGGAUGUCUAGGUACUUCAGGGGCACACCAUUUUGAGAAUUUGUCUCGGAUAUUCUUGAAAGUUUAUAUUUUUAUAAUUUUUUUUUUACAUCAGAUGUCAGAUGUUUCUUUCGGUUGCUUAAUGUUUGGAAUUAUUUUGUGGCUUUUUUUUUGUAAAUAUUGAAAUGUAGCAAUAAUGUCUUUUGAAUAUUCCUAAGCCCCAUGAGUCCCUGAAAAUAUUUUUUAUAUAUACAGUAACUUUAUGUGUAAAUAUAUAAGCUGUGCAAGUUUAAACAUGUUAUGGUUCAUGUGUUUUUUUUUUCUG